GUUCCAUACAACGGAAUGCUUUUGAACCUUAGACAAGGAAAGAGAGUUUCUCUCUUUCCUUGUCUAAGUUUUGAACCAUGUGACUUAAAAAAGAAGAAUUGCAGGUUAGACGUGGCGGGAUAUUUUGAUUUUGACGACAUAACACAAAAAACUGUCUGGACUUGUGUUUUUGUUUGUAUAUCUUAUUUUUUACCAGAAAAGUACUGAGCUACUUCUACUUAUCAAAAAAUUACCUCUCCAACGUCUUGACCGUGAAAUCACACAAGAUUUUAAAACGGCUAAUCUACAUUAUUGGCAAGCAAUUAAAAUGGAUAGCGGUGCAUCGCGGUUGAUGUUCGCAGUAGAAAAUGGUGACUAUGCUGAAGUUACCAGAUUGCUAGACAAAGGUGUGGACGUAAAUUAUAUAGAUCCGUUAGGAAAUUCACCGUUACACACAGCUGUAGAUAUAAAAAAUUUUGAAAUAGCCGAACUCUUGCUUAAAAGAAAUGCCAACGUUAACACAAAUGUAAAUCGAUUUGGUCAAUCUAUACCUUCGCCUCUAUACUGGGCAGCCCGGCGUGGUCAUCUUGGUGUGUUAAAAUUAUUAAUCGCGUAUGGUGCAUCUUUAGAAACUAAAUGUUCAAACGGAUUACUACCAAUACACGUAGCAGCAGAAAAAGGCCAUUUUAAAAUAGUCAAAUAUUUUGUAGAAAACAAAUUGUACCAUGUUGAUAUUUGUACCAGGACUCUUCGGACGCCUUUAAGUUUUGCUGUCGUUGGGGGUCACUCAGCAAUUAUUAAAUAUUUAAUUAAAUGUAAUGCCGAUGUUACCAAAGCGGAUAUGUCUAACAGACGUUCACCGUUUCGUUAUGGAUGUAACGAAAAUCGUGAAGAUCUUAUUGAGACGUUGAUCAGAAAAGGUUUUAAACUCGAUGGUUUCUACUAUGGAGAAACACCUCUACAUUUAUUCGUUAGGAGUGGAUUACUUAGCGAAGCAAGGCGCCUUAUAGAAAGUGGGGUAAUGUCUUAUCUUGAAGCAGAUGUUAGCGGCAACACCCCAAUACACGUAGCGGUUCAGUAUAAUCAAAAAGAAAUGCUGGAAUAUUUCUUCAAAAUGGGCAUAAGUGCUGAUUUUCAAACAGGAGAGGGCUACUCUUUGUUGCAUGCCGCUGCUACAUUUGCUCAAUCACAAAUGGUUACGUUUUUACUUGAAAACGGAGCAAGUAUCGAUGGUAAAAUUAUUUUUAAAGGUACUACUGCCUUACAUUUAGCUUCAUACCAUAAUCACUGUGGUGUUAUACAAGUUUUAUUAAAUAAAGGAGCUGAUGUAAUGGCAGUAGAUUGCAGAGGCCUAAGACCACUGGACUAUGUGUAUCAAAAGUUUAUUGACGAUGCAGCAUUAGUCACAAUACAUGAUACAGAAUAUAGUACCGAACUAUUAGUAAAACACAUGUUAUUAUUUUGCAAGGAUGUAGAAGUGCCAACACCUAUUUAUUUUCCAAGUAAAACAAGCAUAAACGAAUUUAAGCAGAAGUGCCAAGAAGAACUCGAACGAAUGAAAACCUGUUUGAUAGAAAAUACCACAGUGUCUUUAUAUACCUUUUUACAAGCCUUGCGUAAUAAAAAUAAAUUAUUAAAUUUUUUACGCAACCACGAAUUAAAAGAAGAACUGAGAAAUAUUAAAAAGUAUAUUGACAAAUAUCCGAUUUACUCCAGCCUUUUGCCAAUGAUUUUACACGGAGUACAUAACGGUAAGGAAAGACUACUGUUACUGGAAAAAGCUAGUGCUGCAAUGGAUAUCAUCGUUCCAAACCUUAUAUUGGAGUGUAAAAUAAACAUCUUACAAAUGCUAAACAAUAAGGAUCUUUCUAGUCUCAUCGAAUCAGUAACUGUCUAAUUUUAUUAGCCAUAUCUUAUUUUUUAUAUAUGUUUCAAUAUUUUUAUAUAUUUCAAAAAGGAAAUUAUUUUAUUACAUAUUUUGAUUAUUUUACCCGCUAAAAUACACCCGCUCAGAAAUUUAUAGGUACUUAACACUGUAAUUACUUUGAUAAUGUAAAAAAAAACAAAAAUAAACUUAUGUAAAUAAAGGAUAUGUUCAAAAUUCUA